CUCACGGAUUGCUUAGCAUCGCACGAUUGCUCAAUGCGAAACAACAGCGGAUGGGCCCCUACACGUCUGAUUGAUCUAGGACAGCCACCCUCCGACGUGACCAAGCUUGUCACGUCGGCAUCUCUACCGCGCCCAGUCCGGUGGAUGACGCUGAGUCACUGCUGGGGGUUCAAGCAGCCGUACAUUCUCCUAGAAAGCAACAUCACGCAAUUUAUGAGAGAGAUACCUCACUCGGAGCUCUCACGAACCUUUUCCGACGCCUUCAUCAUCGCGAAGAAACUCGGCGUCCGAUAUCUGUGGAUAGAUUCCAUCUGUAUUGUCCAGCAAAGCGAAGAGGACUGGCGACGAGAGGCUCCUACUAUGGGCAAGGUGUACAGCCUGUCACUUUGCACUAUAUCUGCAAGCCAUGCGACGGACGGAUCCGGCGGCUGCUUCUCGGACAGAGACCCUUGGACUGUCUUGCCUUGUGAUAUCCGUCACCAUUCUCGACGGAUCCCAAGGCGCCACCAACUGCAAGAUAGAUGGAAAACGGACAUUUCACAAGCGCCCCUGCAUAAACGGGCUUGGGUCUUUCAGGAGCGGCUGCUCUCUCCCAGGACGCUCUACUUCGGCCAGCAGCAGAUCCUAUGGGGCUGUGGCCAGCACGAGCUCUGUGAAUCGUUUCCUGGAGGCGUGCCGUCGCAGUCUGCUUCUAUUUGGUGGCAGUUCAUAGGCGACCGGAGAAGUUUCCGGAAUAUGCUGCUCGAGAGCGCCGGUACCAAGCCCUUCGAGCGGCUAUGGUCAGAAACGGUGAAAGAAUACUCGAAGACACAGCUCACGUUCCCCAGCGACAGGCAGGUGGCGUUUUCAGGUCUUCCCGGCCAGUUGAAGGAAGAGCGUGAUACCAAGCAAGCAUAUGGUGUUUGGAUAGAUGAGAGUUUGCCCUGGUCUCUGCUUUGGGGUCCUGAAAAAAAGGUUCAGGCGCGGCCGACCGAUUAUCUAGCGCCCUCAUGGUCAUGGAUGACACUGAAUACCUCGGUAACAUUCGGAAACUGGUAUCCGCAUGGGAC